AAAAGAGGGAACGCGCGCCGCCACCAUCGUUCAUUCACAACCACCUGCUCGACGGGGUAGCAUCGUUUCGCUGUCAUUCGUCAUCCGUGACCGCAAAGACAGAGGCGUUCUCGGACAAGUUCCGUUGCCAGCUACCUUCCAAAGCAGCGAAACACGUCGGUGACCACCGCGACAGGAUGAAGAUCGUGACUUCCAGUCUCACUUUCUCAUUUUAUAUUGCGAUCGCUCUCAUAAUCUUGGUUUCCGUUAGCGACAAGGCGCAUGCCAAACCAUGGGCAGAAGAGCAUAUUGACCGCAAGAGUGACAAGCAAAUACGCGGAUACGUUCGCAAAGGCGGCUGUGCCUCGUUCGGGCACUCGUGUUUCGGCGGUCAUGGAAAGAGAUUUGAUUCGGCCAUGCAACAGAACAUGUUGCAAGCUAGCAACAGGCGAAAUUUUCAAGAAUCCGAAGUGUCAUCACCGAAUGAUGAAUUAUUCUACGUUCUUCCGAGCGACGGAUUUCGGGAACGAUCAGAACAGGCUUUCAUGCGAGCUCGCAAAGACACUCAACAGCAGUUUGAUCUGAAUCCUCUAUCUUCUUUGGUCAAUCAGUGGAUUGCAUCCCAUCGGCGUUCGCAUCGCACGGAUUCGGACGUCACCAAUAAAUAAAGGGAGCUUAUAGGCAAGAUCUGUGUAACAUCUGCAUAAUGUCAAGACAUAAAGCAGUUUCAUAUAUAUUCGCGCGUAAAUACUUAAUUGUACAUACAUGUUACUAAGUUAUUUAAGUUCGCUUCCGAUUACAUCAUUUUGUAUUACGUCCGUUGUACAUCUUUCAGCAUUAAUAACGCGACAAUCACGUUUUCCGUGAACGUUAUUAAUUUACGUAAUUCACUUAAGAGAGGUCGAGUAAAUAGAUGUAAAACUGUCGUCGGUGUACGUUUAAGUGCAUGCUAUUCCUGUAUUUAAGUUAUCAAGAUGUAAUUUGUGAAUAUCCUGCUCCCUUUUCCUCCUCUCUUAUAUGUAGACUGUUCGGAUCUCAAUAUUGCUUCUACAGUUGGAUCAUCGCCUCUCACGAACUCGAUUUGAUCAAACGUGGAUAAUGCGUGCGCGCGUGCGGUCGGGACGCAUCUCCCGGAUGCUGUAUUUUGCGGUGACGUUAUUCUCGAUAGAUAAACGCGCAUUCGCCAUGUGGUGAACCGUGUCGGUAAUAUUUGUCGUCGUCAUCGUCGCACGAUAGUAGCACUGUUACCUUCAGUUUUAUUCUCCGCGCUCGGAAAAUAAUCAAUAAAGCACUAGCAGUAAGAAGAUGUUGAACUGUGAGGAUUUGUCGCACGUAAAACACUUACAAACACCUGUCGCACGAUUAGUUACAUUAUGGCUUAUUUCUGCGAAAUAAAUGUCCAUGUCAAAACUGA